AUGCCGUCACAUUCAAGACGUGAUCCCGAAACACCACCACCGUAGGAAUCGCCACCACCGUCUCCGUUUGCACAUUUUUCUAAAAUUUCAGAUGGUUGACGGAACAAAAGAGCAGCCAAACGGCCGUCAGAGAUCUUCGGAAGUACAUUCGACUCUUGACCACAGUUGUCGAUAAAGCCGAUCGUGCCGGACGACGAAUUUCAGACGAGGGCGUUCGCGUGAGCUCGGAAAAUUCAAAUUUUCGGAAAAUUUUUGAGAAAUUCAGGUCAACAAGCAAAUAGAGAGAAUUGUGAAUGACGCGUUGGCCGCGCACGAUACUAUUCAGAAGCACGAGUUGACGGAACUGAAAAAAUGCGCUAAAAACGAAAUAAAACCCGCGGUGACUCCGUUGAAGAUGAAUACGAGCAAUGUGCCCAAGAAAAGAUCGUCGCAAGAAAUUCCAAAAAUACCACUCAAAAUGGUGAAAGUUGGGCACGAAACUCCACUCAAACCUCUUUUUCCAACCCUCCCAGAGGUUUAGUAUCUAUUUUCGUCACUUGAAAUGAUUUCCUUUUCCAGAUACUCUCGGAUUCCUUUGCUCCCGUAAUGUCGCCACGUCCGCAGCUGUACAGCCCGUCGCGAGUGCGCCUAUUGCCGGUCCGACCGGCCGGAGGCAUCAGAGGAAGCCAUUCGAUUCUCAGAAACCGCCACCGAUUCACUCUUCUUGGGAUGUUUCUCGGCGAGAAUUUGGCCGAAAACCGGAUGACCGUCGCCGGAGUUCUCACCAGAAUCGGGUUUCUCGCUAGAAUUGACUGUUUGUAUGUAUUAUUCCAGAGUUUUGGCGUUUUCGAGUGAAAUCCACAUUCCGCCGGAUCAGAAUACUGAUUCGUACUCCGCAAUCGAUACCGUCCAUCGGGUCACUUUUGCGUUGAAUGAAAGAUUGGCGACGAUGCUUCUGGAGAAGUUCGACGGCGACGAGUGCGAUCUCAAAAAGCAUCGACAGAAUGAGCUCUCGGAUUUCAAUGUUGGACAUAAAUAUAAUUCAUUGAAACAUUCAAUUUCCAGGGAAUGCUGCUGAUGCGAGAGCUGACUGAAUGGGAUGCUCUCCGGAUGGACACCGCCCGUGUUUCGCUUCCGAUAUUCAAAGAAGUCUACCAUCCGAUCGACGGAUUCGCUCUCGGAACCCAAUUCGAUCGGAUCAUUGUCUGGCAGGACCACGUGAAGAUGCAAGAGAUCACAAUUGAAGACCUCAUCCACAAAAAUACCCGUCUUUUCAUUCGAAUCCUCUACAAUUUGAACCCGAUCGGAAUGGAGGAGAUGCGAAGUUACGCGAUCGAUUUUAUGAAGCACCCACCUUCGAAUAACUCAUAA